AUGUCUCUAAAUCUUCAAAAUCUGUAUCUGAGUUAUAUGAGUAAAAUGGAAAUGCAAUUUCAUAAAUAGAUAACGUAAUAGAGUUAAAAUUAAUAUCCUUACAAAUCGAACAAAUCCGUUAUAAAAAAACUUGCCAAAGCCAAUCUUUCAUAUUCCUCUUGUAUAUGGAAUGAUUAUAAGUAAACCUUAUAAGCUAUAAUUUCCUUUCUCUGUUUGAUUCAACAUUAUAUGUAUUAUAAAGGUUACCUUUUAUAUGCAGAAUCCAAUCUCGAUAUUGAGAUAUAUCUCAUCUUGACUUUUGUUGAAAAUUUGAUAAAAGCUAUAGAAGAUUUCUACGUGAACUGUAUUAUGUAACUAAACAAUCACAAUAAUUUCAUUCAAAUAUACUAGAAAAUAAAAAAAAAAGCUCCUGCUACUAAUUCAAAAUAUAGGUUAGAGUAGAUUGAGACUAAUGUGAUCGUUUAUUCAGUAUUUGAAUCCAAUAAAACCAUAUCAAAUAGGUAAAAUUUCAUUUGA